GUGAUUCUGAGCCCAAAAUCUCUCUAAAUUGCUCUGAGCUCAAAAUGUCCCCACAUUUAUUUUUUUAUUUGAGCCCAAAGGUUGCUAAAUUAGUGUUUCUGAGGCUCAGAGCUCCCCAAGAGGUUUUUUCCUGAGCCGAAAAGGUCCUAAAAUCGUAGUUGUAAAAUCUCAAAACCCCUCCCUCUUUCCCUCCACCUCCAUCGCAUUUUCCCCUCCCCGCGGCUCCGGUUCCUCCCCCGCCCCAGGAACUCCCCCCUGGCCGCAGCGUUUUUGCUCGUGGUUCCGAGAAAAGGGCCGGAAAGCCGAGACUCGGUGUGGGGAGUGCUGGGGUGGGCUCGGCAGCCGGGUUGAAGCGGGAGCCGCCCCGGCCCCUCUGCUGCCGCCGCGGAGCCGCCGGGCCCGACCUUGUCCCGGUGAAGAUCCUGGUUCGUGACAUGCCCGGGGAGCCUCAGCAGGACAGCUCCAGAGUGAUCCCUGAGAAAAGGACCUGGGAGACAAACAUGCAAUUCAUUGUAGGACUUGUUGCUGCGGUUGGUGUGGAGCUGCUCAAGGUGCUCAUAGACGAGCUCAGGAAGCGAGCAGAAAGAAAAAGGGAGGCCAAGGCCUUAAAGGUCCAUGAAUCAUGCACGAAAGAGGACUUGCAGGAGCUCAUCCAACAAAUGAAAGCUAUGUUUGAAGAUCUCCAGAAAUUGCAAGAACCCAAAAGAAGAAGGGAGGCGAAGGCCUCAAAGGUCCAGGGAUCAUGCACGAAGGAGGACUUGCAGGAGCUCAUCCAACAAAUGAAAACUAUGUUUGAAGAUCUCCAGAAAUUGCAGGAAUCCAGUGUGCUGAUAGAAAGUGCAUCAGGAGACAAGGGCACUGAUAGAGAGGCAUAGACAGCUCCCAAGGUGGUGACGUAUUGAUCAACCAAAUUAAAGUCUGGCACUCAUUACAUUUCUCUGGAGCUUGGCCCCCCAGCCCCUGCACUCCCUGGGCUCGCUGUGUUGGGAAGUGCUUGUGCUGCCGGAAGACUGAGAUAAUUUUUCUGGUUUUUCUCCCUCCUGUGAGCUGGUUCCUCCUGUUCCAGGGCAGAUCCAUCGACUGCCCGGUUUCAACAAGUGAAGGGAACAGCAGCCAAAGUGCAACCCAGAGGGGAGCAGCUGAAUUACCCAGUGAGCUCCACACAAAAUCUGCGGGAAAGGUCCUGGGAAUCCUGAUUUUUAAGUGUUUUUUGUGUGUAUGAAGAAUCUGGGAUGUACAGCAAUGGGGGAACCAUUUCACCAUUGCAAUCCUGAUUUUUCUGGGAUAUGUUUACUACGCUCCCAUUACCUGUCUUCUUUCCUGCUUCUGUUUUUAGUUAAUGUGUAUUGAUACAAGUGUAGAAUUAGCGUGUUCCUCCUGAGAAACCUGAACUCUGAACAUCUUGCUCCAGGUUUAUUCUGGACACUUAGAUGUGGGAACAAGCUGAGUCAGAUGCACCUGCAUUCAGUUCAUUGGAGUCAAAAGGGAGUGUUUCGGCCUUAGAGCUGAGAAGGAGUGUGUGAAUCAAAACAUUGAGUUUGCAAAAAGUCCUGGGAAUUCUGGUUAACUGGAUGGCAACACCAGGUGCUGUUGACCCGAAGGGAUUAAUAAAAGGCGAACACAGAGAGAGCUCUGUGGAGAAUCCUGAAAACCAAAUCCUGGUGUGUGUGCAGGCUCAUGUCUGUAUCUUCUGUAUUCAGUGACCCGACAUUUUCUGUGUGUUGUGGGACUUUUCGACGACCACAACCCGACAGAGGUAACGGAGUUAGAUGUGCCUGGACAAAGUCUGUCUCCACUUGGAUUCAUUUGCCACACUUACACCUGUGUCCUCUGUCCAGUUCUUAAAGCAGGUUUCAUGAAAAUAAUAAAUAAGAUAGUGGAGAGAGAGGGAGAAAGGCUGUUCCUAUUCCAUUGAGUCUGUGUCUUGCCAUCAGUUGUCAUCUGACCAUGGCAGGAAUGUGUUUCAUAAGAACUAUGUGAUUUAAUAAUACAAAGGCCUUAGUAAAAGUAUUCCUCUCACAUAGGUGCAAAACAUCUUGAGGAGCAUUUAGUUCUAGUCCACUUCCUUGGAUAAUCUCAACUGUUCAGGUGCUUCCUUUGCAUAAAACAAGGAAGAAAUAAGCAAAGAAGGAAGAAGCAUCUUCAGGCUCAGGACAGAAGCAAAGUGAGCUGGUUCUUGCUGAACAACAUUGUGCUGCUUUGCCCUGUUCCCACGGGCAAGGAAUGACCAAGGGCCUCCUGGCA